UGUGAGUAUAAAUACACAUGCAAUUGUUUGUGUGUGUGUGUGUGAGGGAGAGACAGAGAGAGACAGAGAGACAGAGAAAGAGAAUUUGAGGUAGAGGGAGAAAGAGAGGCAAAGAACAGAUAACAGAUUAUUUGUAGUUAGUUGGUGUCAAACAGUUUCUGCAAAUUGUUUAUGUAGACAUUCUUCUGUAUUUGUUGAAAAUAAUAAGCAUAAUAUAAGUAUGAUUGCCCCAUGGAUGAAAGAAUAAAUAAGUGAAUGAUAAAAUAAAUGGAAUAAGUGCAGAAUCAAAACCAGAUGGAAACCUUUAUAUUUUAGGAUGCUUCUAUGUUGUAAACAUGAGAAAAUGUCCUCCCCAAACUGCACUACAGUGACCACAUUCAUUCUGUUGGGACUCACAGACAGCCCAGUGUUGGAGAAGAUCCUGUUUGGGGUAUUUCUGGUGAUCUACCUAGUCACACUGGUGGGAAAUCUGUGCAUGAUUUUUCUGAUUAGGACCAAUUCGCAUCUCCAAACUCCCAUGUAUUUCUUCCUUGGCCACCUCUCUUUUGUAGACAUUUGCUAUUCUUCCAGUAUUACUCCCAAUAUGCUAUACAACUUCCUCUCAGACCAAAAGACCAUCUCCUAUGCUGGAUGCUUCACAGAGUGUCUUCUCUUCAUUACCCUGGUGAUCAUUGAGUUUUACAUCCUUGCUUCAAUGGCAUUGGAUCGCUAUGUUGCCAUUUGUAGUCCUCUCCAUUACACUACCUGGAUGUCCAAGAACGUUUGUAUCUGUCUAGUCACAGUCCCUUAUGUUUAUGGCUUCCUUAAUGGACUCUCUCAGGCAGUUUUGACUUUUCACUUAUCUUUCUGUGGCUCCCUUGAAAUCAAUCAUUUUUAUUGUGCGGAUCCUCCUCUUAUACUGCUGGCUUGCUCUGACACCUAUGUCAAAAAGAUGGCAAUGUUUAUUGUUGCUGGGUUUACUCUCUCCAGCUCUCUCUUCAUCAUUCUUCUGUCCUACCUUUUCAUUUUUGUGGCCAUCUUGAGAAUGCAUUCUGCUGAAGGCAGGCACAAAGCCUUCUCUACUUGUGGUUCCCACCUGGCAACAGUCUCCAUAUUUUAUGGAACCCUCUUCUGCAUGUACUUAAGGCCUCCAUCUGAGAAGUCUGUAGAAGAGUCCAAAAUAAUUGCAGUCUUUUAUGCUUUUUUGAGCCCAAUGCUGAACCCAUUGAUCUAUAGCCUAAGGAACAAGGAUGUGAUUCAUGCCAUGCAGCAAGUGAUCAGGGAAGUAUCUUCCAAAAAAUUGCAGCUUAGGAGUCUGUUCUUUUCUAAUCACUAAGUACUUGUGAUAACAUAAUGACUCCAAUCAAAGGGUAUAUCUACUACUGUAUGGUCAUUAAUUGUUUAUCAUCAUGAACUCUCAGUGAUCACUUUGGCUAAUUUCUCUUCAAAAUCAACACCUUUAAGACAGAUUUGCUUCCUAAAAUCUUUAGUAUUUAAACUAAAAAUGUUUUCUAUGGCAGAGAUUCUCUGAAAAUGAAUUGGUUUGUAUUCAGUAAUUCUAUGUGAUAAUGUUUUUUCUUUCUUGGGGGUACUUCUUGUAACUAACUUACCCUUAUGGAAUUACUGGAAAUCUACCAUCUCUGAACUGUAUGAUCCACUGCCCCAUAGUGAAGUUUGA